CCGGGGUUGAGCCCCGUGGACCGGCAGUGACGGGGUCUAAAGCGGCAACCGGGGGAUGCUCAGAGCGCCCGGGCCGGAAUGCAGCGCCCGGGAGGUGUGGGGGCACCGGGGAUACACACACACGGGUGUGGGAGGCGCCGGGGUGCCCGCACGGGGGAGCAGCGGGUAUUGGCAGUAGCUGGAGCAAACCCGGCAGGGUACCGGAGGCCACAGGGGGGUACCGGGGUGCCCAGGCCGGGGUAGUGGGAUGCUCGUGUGAUGGGAGCGGGGGUGCUGCUCCAGGAGGGGCACCGGGCGUUGCCGGCGGGCGUUACCGACAGUACCGGGGGGCACCGGGGGGCACCGGGGCGUGCCGCCCUGCCAUUCUCUCCAGCAACCCCGCUCCGGAGGGCGCCCAUUGGCGGGGCUGGAUUUCCCCCCCGCCCCGCGGCCAAUGGGCCGGGGGGAGGCGGUGCCUCCCAUUGACAGAACCGGCGCGGCGGUGUUUACCGGGGGCGGAGCGGCGCCGGCUAUAAGAGCGGCACCGGGGGGCGUGUGGCUCCCGGGCUGCCCGCACCGCCCCCGAGCACCCCCUGGCUCGGACCCGCCGCAGCCUCCCCGAUGGGAGCAUCCACAGACUUCACCGGGGAACCAUCACCAGGGCGGGGCGGAACAUCCCGGAGCAGCCUCGAACCGGUGCAGAGCAUCCCUGGGGCGGCGAGGAGCAUCCUUUGACCGGUAGAACAUCCCUGAGCAUCCCCGCACCGGUACAAAGCAUCCCGGAGCAUCCCGGGACCGCACCGCUGCCGAGCAUCCCUAAGCCGAAAACCGCUGGCCCGGCCCGGGGCCCUCCCGGAGCAUCUCAGCAGCCGCCGCCCCGGCGGAGCCGCCUCCGCCGUGAGCCCCCGGGCCCCGGUGCGGCCCCCGGCGCCCCGCCCUGCCGCCGCCGCCCGCUCCGCACAAUGGGGGCGGCGCGGCGCGGCGCGUAGCGGCGGGCGGGGAGGCGGCGGCGGCGGGCGGGGAGGAAGAGGAGGAGGAGGAGGAGAAGGCGGCGGCGGGGGGGUCCCGGGGCCCGGCAUGGUGCAGCAGCGCGGGGCGCGGGGCCGGGGCGCGGAGGCUCGGCGGGAGCCCUGUGCCCCGCUGCCCUCCCGCGAUGCCGAACCGGCGUGGUGCAAGACCCCGAGCGGGCACAUCAAGCGGCCGAUGAACGCCUUCAUGGUGUGGUCCCAGCACGAGCGCCGCAAGAUCAUGGACCAGUGGCCCGACAUGCACAACGCCGAGAUCUCCAAGCGCCUCGGCCGGCGCUGGCAGCUCCUGCACGACUCCGAGAAGAUCCCCUUUGUGAAGGAGGCCGAGCGCCUGCGCCUCAAGCACAUGGCCGAUUACCCCGACUACAAGUACCGCCCGCGGAAAAAGGGCAAAGUGGGCACCGGCGCGUCCCGCCCGCGGCUCCCGGUGAAGAUCAAGCCCUCGGUGCUGGGCCGCGUCUCCGCCGGCCGCAGGCAGCCCAGCAAACCCGCGCUGGAGCCACCGGAGCCAGCACCGGAGCUGCCCCCCGAGGACAGCCCCGCGGCACCCGGCGCCCAGGAGCCCCCCGCGCCCCCCAGCCCCGCGCCGGGGAGCUCCCCGCAGAGCGGGUCCCCCUCUCCCAUGUCGGCCGCGUCCCCUCCCUCCUCCUUCAGCUCCUCCGAUGAGGAGCCGGAGGAGGAGGAGGAGGAGGAGGAGGCGCUGGGGGUCGUGCCGGGGCGGGCUCCCCCCGGUGCCACCGGUGCUGCCCUGGACUGGUCCGUCCUGGACAAGGACCACGACCUCUUCCCGCGGGGAGGCUCCUCGCACUUCGAGUUCCCGGACUAUUGCACGCCCGAGGUGACGGAGAUGAUAGCGGGGGACUGGCUCAUGUCCAGCAUCUCGGACUUGGUCUUUACCUACUGAGUCCCGUGCUCUGCAGGAAUCAGGGAUUUUGCCUUGAAGGCGCUGGAAGGCAGAGCUCCCGCUCACCCACCCCCGGCACACACCCGCUCCUCGUCUGCCCGUCCAGCCCGGGCGUGUGGCUGCUCACCUCUCAUCGGGGUUCCAUUGCCAGGGCCCGGCCCCUUCCCAUGGCUGCUCCCAUCCCCACCAGCCAUUCCCUCCCACUCUCCAGCAGCUGGAGUGCCCACACCGGCCCUCGGCGCCCAUCCCAUCCUCCCCAUCCCUUAGGGAAUGGCCGAU